AUGGAUUUUCAAUAUUUCGAUGCUCUCCAUCGCAUCUUGCUGAGUCACUUGCAGCGGGGCAAUGCAAUGGCAGCGUUCGCGAUCAUUGCGCUGCCUCAUGUUCACGAAAAUCCCCUUUUUUGGCGUACUUGCACAUAUCCAGAGGGGCUUGUGGCGGCUAUAAUCAAUGGUUCGGGCUUGGAGGCCUGCAAUAACCCCUCGGAUCAUGCCAAGCAGCAUGGGAAGGAGUUGCUGGUCACGCCUAAACCCCCAUCUAGCGCAUCGGGGGAUGUCACAGGGGGCAGUGGCGGUGAGCAGGGUGCGACUGGAGAUUCAGUGUGCGGCGUGAUUACACCAGUUCAAAACUCCAUCACGCCAGCAGAGCUUUAUAUAAUGUUGCAGUGGUGCAUGCAAGCGAGCUUCUCCCGGGUUAGAGGAUCUCGCAGUGGCCCUCCGAUCACUAGAGGUGAGGGUAGCACAAGGAGGGAUGAAGGUGUACCUGAAGGGGGGAUUCUGCAGGAGGAGGUGGGACCGCAACCACCGAUCAGUGGUCACUCCUGCAGGGGUGUGAGCGACGCCCGCAGACAGACUCCCCUUGAGGGGGACGCAGGCGCCAUCAUAUUGCACACACUGCUCGGCGAGACAUUGGCCCACAUGGAGCACCCACCCUGUCCGCGCCAAACAGCGCAGCACGGGGACCCCACGCGUGAGUCGUCGCGUCCAACACCAACCUCAGGGAGCCAACGCCGCAAACGGCCAUGCAACCGUGAGAGCGAGGUGCAUGGGGGCGAGGAGAGCGAUCAAAUGCCGGACCUACGCAUGCUAUCGAACCUCUUGCAGACCUACUGCUCACACAUGACAUAUCGCAAUCCGCUGCAGUCAGUAUUGGUACCCCCAGAGGGGUGCUCGCAUGCGGAUGGUGAGGGUGCGGAGGGCAGGGGGCGAGGGGGAGCGGGGCCGUGCGCUGUGCGAGGUGAGGGUGUUGGUUUAGACAGCACCAGUAGUGGGGGCACCUCUUCUGGAGCGGGAGCCGUCGUGGCGCCGACGGUGGAGCUCCACAAGAGAGGUCGGUGCAUUGAGCAGGACGACCUCUGUGUGGUGGGGGGCCCAUCUUCCUCGCCCCCCUUGCAGAAGCGACGGCCCUCGGAUGCUAAUCUGGACACCAGCACCGGUCCAGAUGCGACGACGGGCCUGUCCCAACACCGUCCCGUUCCUCCCGUGUCUCAACGGGGUGAUGAAGCCCCCCCUCCGCUUCGUCCUGAGGACAGCCUCACUCGGAUGUUGGAGCAGAUUGCGGAGGUGAAGCGCGAUGUGCCUGAGCAGCCCUUUGGGGUCAGCGCCCUCUUUGAGCUCCUGGACAGGUCAGUGGCCGAGGAGGAUGCGCUGGAGGUGCUUCGUCGUGUGACUGCGGUCCCUGGCACCACGCGAGUGGCUGAAGACUUUGACUCAGUAGGCAGCCAUCCUCGACGUUCGCGGUCACCGGUCGCGCGUGCGGCGGAAAAGCGGCCGCUCUCCACCGUCUCGAAGGCGUCUCAGCCGUCCGUGGCACCCUCAACCCGGUCGCCGCGGCGGGAGACAUCGGAGCCCUUCGCGAGCGCUGCAUCUGUUGCAGCCAACUGUCAUGUGAGCACCGUUACCCCUGUUCGGAGCCCGCGUCGGACGGACCAAUGCGAUGCCGUUGUGGUUACACAACAACCCGAAUCGGCGGGAAGGGCGUCCCCUGCUCCCUCUAAUCUCCUGCCUGGGGGCGGGGGCAGUCUGUGUGAUACGGCUGAUGAGCCAUCGGCCGUACCACGCGCGCCACAACUACUCGUACGGCACCCUACAACUCACGAGGAGAGGGUUGCCGCGGCGAUCCGAGCUUUUGACGAGCUUGAUUGCGCUGAACUUUAUAAGGGGGGCGAGGGGGAUGGACGUGCCACCACAGGGCAUUCGCAGAGCCCCGCCGUAUUGCCUCAGUCAGGGAAGAUCAAGCGCCGCAAGCGCUUCACUCCCGAGGAGGACGAGGCCAUUAUUCAGGGUGUGAAGAGGUUUGACUACCAGGGCACCACACGCUUUCAGUAUAUAUUUCGCGCUUUCCAGAGCGUUUGGCAGCCCGGGCGUACGCCAACGCAUUUGUACGACCACUGGCGAGAUUCACUGCGCAAGCGCGUCUUGCAGGGGAUGACAGCAGAUCGAGACACUACCGGCGAUGCUGCGCAGGCGAAGCCCCGACUUGAUUCCAGCCGAGAUGCGGCGGGCCGUGGACUCAUUGGAGGAGCCCCUAUCGCAAAGGAGGCGUGUGCAUCAUCUGUGAGUUCCGAGAUCGAGGAUAUCUAG